AUGACAACGUUCAACCUGGAGCAAAUCAAAGCCGCCGGCUGGCUGAAGGAAGCCAACUACAUCGGUGGUCAGUGGGUGGCGGCGGAUGACGCCAAUGUCUACCCCGUCAUAGACCCGGCCACCGAAGCCCAGAUUGGCCAGAUCCCGUGGGUAGGCGCUGCUGAAACACGCCGCGCCAUCGACGCCGCUCAAGACGCCUUCAGCACCUGGUCGAUGACCACCGCCGCAGAACGCGCAGGCUUUCUCGGCCGCAUGGCGCAGAUCGUGCGCGACAACCUCGAUAUCCUCGCCAGCAUGCUCACCCUCGAACAAGGCAAGCCGCUGGCCGAAGCACGCAACGAAAUGAAACUCGGCGCCGACUACAUCCAGUGGUUUGCCGAAGAAGCACGGCGCAUCAACGGUGAGAUCAUUCCGUCGCCGUGGAAGGACCGCCAGAUCCUGGUCACCCGCGAGCCCGUCGGUGUGAUCGCCCCGGCCCUCGCCGCCGGUUGCACCAUCGUCAUCAAGCCUUCCGAGUUCACGCCUUUUUCCGGCCUGCUGUAUGGCGUACUGGCACAACUGGCCGGGGUCCCUGCCGGUGUGGUCAACGUGGUGACCGGUGACGGUGCCGCCGUCGGUGGCGAGUUUUCGUCCAACGCCCUGGUGCGCAAAAUCACCUUCACCGGCUCGACCCGCGUGGGCAAGCUGCUCUACAAACAAUCCGCCGACACCAUGAAAAAACUUUCCAUGGAGCUGGGCGGCAACGCUCCGACGAUUAUUUUCGACGAUGCCGACAUGGACCUGGCCGUGGAAAACGCCGUCGCCGGCAAAUUCCGCAACAGUGGCCAGACCUGCGUGUGCACCAACCGUUUCUACGUGCAGGACGGCAUCUACGACGAGUUCGCCCGCCGCCUGACCGAACGUGUGCGCCAGAUGAAAGUCGGCAACGGCUUCGAGGACGGCGUCGAACAAGGCCCGCUGAUCAACCAGGCUGCCGUCGGCAAAGUCGAGGCCCACGUUCAAGACGCCCAAGCCAAAGGCGGGCGCGUGUUACUCGGCGGUAAACGCCACGCACUGGGCGCGACCUUCUUUGAGCCGACCGUGAUCGCCGAUGCCACCUCGGACAUGCUCAUCGCCCACGAAGAAACCUUCGGCCCGGUAGCCGCGCUGUUCCGCUUCAGCACCGAGCAAGAGGCGAUCGACGCCGCCAACGCGUCGGAAUUCGGGCCUCUCCGCAGCGGCAUGGUCGGCAUCAACGCCGGCGUGAUCACCACCGUGGAAGCCCCGUUCGGCGGGGUCAAGGACAGCGGCAUCGGUCGCGAAGGCUCAAGCCACGGCCUCGACGAAUACCUGAACCUCAAGUACCUCAGCCUCGGCGGUCUG